GAAGUUGAGGAAGAGGUUGACCCUCUGUCCAUUGCUGCAGAGGCUUUGGCUUUGGAUGCCAUGUCCAAAGAGGUGGAAGUUGAGGCUUUGGCUUUGGAUGCCAUGUCCAAAGAGGUCGAAGUUGAGGAAGAGGUUGACCCUCUGUCCAUUGCUGCAGAGGCUUUGGCUUUGGAUGCCAUGUCCAAAGAGGUGGAAGUUGAGGAAGAGGUUGACCCUCUGUCCAUUGCUGCAGAGGCUUUGGCUUUGGAUGCCGUGUCCCAAGAGUUGGAAGUGGAGGCCGAGCCAGAAGAAGAACCAGAAGGACCUGCGAAGGAAGAGGACAUCGUGUCGCCAUUCCUGCAGCCGAAAAAACCAAGACACGUGCGUCCACCUGCAGGAUCAGGCGCUGCUGCAGCAGUGGCGCACCGACUUGCACAACACACCAUUGAAGGUUUGAUGAAGUUGCACGAGCAGGAGAACCGGGAGCUGGAGGCGAUUGUGAAAGAGAAAUUCUACACGCCUGCUCCUGGCACAAAGCUACCGACUGUGCUGAGCUUGCCAUCGCUUCCUAUGGAUCCUAGAAAGGCCAAUGAUGAGACAAAACGAAUCCUUCGCUUGAACUAUCACAGGGUGGUGGGUCAGCCUAAUGCAUACCAUCAACAUAGACCAAAGUCAGCCAUGGACAUGGAUCUCGGAGAGGACCUGAAAUUGCACCAUGAUCCAGAGCUGCAGGAAAAACGUUUCCUCAGGCAACGAGUCACAUACCAAGCGGUGCCUGGGAAUUACCUGAACAACUGCAAGGCCAACGUCUCACCGGCAAGGGCUGGCAUCUCCAAGAAGAUCAAACCUCUGGCAGUAUCUCAGAGUUCACCGCAUUUGCCGCCCGCCACUGGAGCCGAACGACGGCCUCCGAAGCUGAGGCCGCUUGCAAAGGGGGCAGACAAUCUGCGAAAAUUGGCAGAUGGUGCACUUCCAUCGCGGAUUUUACGGCCGUAAGGGUCGUUUGCUCUAGGCUGUAGUUCUGCGGGCUGUAGGCUUGGUGCUGGAAUUUCCCGAGAACCAUUU